UGCAAAUUUGGUUAUAGUUAAAAAAAUAUUAAUAGUCAACAUUGAUUUAAAAUGACAUUGGCGUCAAAUGAAGUAAAGAAACUAUGUACAUAUGUUAAUGAAGAACAGAAAAGUUUGCUGGUUGAUAAGUAUUAUUUUCAAUAUAUAAGUCUAAUGAAAUUUGCUUUAAACUAUCAGUCAACUCAGCUUAUUUAUAUUAAAUUGAGCUUAUUAUAUUAAACUGAGCUUAUUUAUAUUAAAAAUUUGCAACUUGUAUUUAAAGACAUUUAAUGGGUCAACAAAUAAUGAGUAAUAGCUGUUUGACAGACUGAUAGUAACUAUUAUUUAUUAAUCUUUCAGUACUCUUUUUAGUGCUCUAUAAUAUAUAUUUGAAGUGCAGAAUUUAUGCAUAAACAUCCAGAACUACAUAGUGGAAAGUUUUCUGCAAUGUUUACUUAUAAACAUGCUCAAAAAUUAUGGGAAAAAAUAACAGCAGAAUUACAUGAGAUACCUGGUGCACAAAAAGAGUGGAAACAAUGGUGAAAGACUUGGCAAGACAUACGAAGUUCUAUUAAAGCCAAAAAUAUUUUGAUCAAGAAUCAUGCAAAAGCAACUGGUGGAGGACCUAUGUCAAGUCAGGUUUUAACCGAAAUGGAUCAAAAUGUCCUGGCAAUUAUGGGUACAACGGUCGUGGGAGAAUAUAAGACAGUACAAGAAUCCAAUGUGCAAAUUGAGUGGAUAGAUGAUUCAAUUUUAUGUGAAAUCGAUGAUGAUGAAAAUAGGGACAAUUUUCCCAUAAAAUACAAAAGUCAAGAGAUAACGCAGCAAUCUGUGUCACAACAGUCAUUAUCUUCUCAAGAUUAUUACAGUAUAUUGGAAGAAAAUUCACCAGAAGAAAACUUAAACAAUGAUAAUGACAAUAACAAUAGGAAAUCUUUAAAAAAAUGGAAACAACUGCACUAGAAACACCAUUAGUGUAGUCAACAACAUAUCAGAUAUUUCUGUAACACCAACUUCAAAAUCGAGUGGCAUACAAAGAGGUGUUAAAAGAAUUUUUGCUGCACAAAGAUAUGAUAAAUCAAUUGAACAAACUGAAAAGUUAGCGAAAAUUUCGCAAGAAGAUAGCGAGAUACGAAAAUCGUAUUACGCACAAAAAUUAAAACUUUAUUAGAAGAAAAUAGCUCUGAAAGAAAAAGAUAUCUAUCAAAGAAUAUAUAUGCACAUUGCUGGAGCAAUUAGUAAAAAAAAGCAAUUAAAGAGUUACAGAUAUAAGAGGCUGUGAAAAUGACAUUAGUGUAUUCACAAAGAAAUAAAUGUUCCUAUAAGCUGUU